AGGUUUGAGGUGGUCCCCUCCAGGUUUAAAGAGAAGCUGGACAAAGCCUCCUUCGCCACUCCGUACGGGUACGCCAUGGAGACCGCCAAGCAGAAGGCCUUGGAGGUGGCCACCCGGAUGCACCAGACGGUCGGGGGGCUGAUUCUGGAGAAGCCGGUGGACAAGCAGGACGCCUACAGGAUGCUGUCCCGGUUGAGUGGGAAAGAGCACAGCGUGUUCACAGGCGUCGCCAUCGUCCACUGCUCCAGCAACGACCGUCAGCUGCACACCAGGGUCUCGGAAUUCUACGAGGAAACGACGGUGAAGUUCUCCGAGCUGUCUGAGGAGCUGCUCUGGGAAUACAUCCACAGUGGGGAGCCCAUAUCCCCAGCGUUCUCUGUAAAAGAAGGCUCGGUGGCCCCGUCGAAUACUUUCGACAACACUGGUCUGCGUCUUUUGGGUCUGCAGGAGUCAAAAGCCCUGCUCACCGCUUGCAAGCUGAAGGUGUUUGAUUGGUUAAAAGAUGAAGCACCCCAGAGGGCUCCAGAUAUUGCCAGCAAAGUGGACGCCUCUGUGUGUGGAACGGAGAAGCUGCUGGACGUCUGUGCUGCCAUGGGGCUCCUGGAGAAGACAGAGCAAGGUUACAGUAACACGGAGACAGCGAACCUUUACCUGGCGUCGGACAGUGAGUACUCUCUGCACGGCUUCAUGUUGCAAAAUAACGACGUCAUCUGGAACCUCUUCACGUACCUGGAGUUUGCCAUCCGAGAGGGGAGAAACCAGCACCACAGGCUGUUGGGGAAGAAGGUGGAAGAUCUGUUCCAGGACGCGUACUACCGGAGCCCGGAGACGCAACUGCGGUUCAUGCAGGCCAUGCACGGCGUGGCGAAGCUGACUGCGCGCCAGGUGGCCACGGCCUUCGAUCUGUCCCGCUUCUCCUCCGCCUGCGACGUGGGAGGCUGCACGGGUGCACUGGCCCGAGAGCUGGCCCGCGAGUACCCUCGUCUCCAGGUGACUGUGUUUGACCUCCCGGACGUCGUCGAGCUGGCCGUCCACUUCCAGCCCGCCGGACCGCAGAUCCACUUCGCAGCAGGUGAUUUUUUCAGGGACCCCCUCCCCAGCGCUGAGCUGUAUGUCCUGUGCCGGAUCCUGCACGACUGGUCAGACGACAAAGUCCACAAGUUACUCAGCAAGGUCGCCGAGAGCUGCAAGCCAGGGGCCGGCCUGCUGCUGGUGGAGACACUCCUGGAUGAGAAGAGGGAGGCGCAGGGUGGCCUGAUACAGUCGCUGAACAUGCUGGUGCAGACUGAGGGCAGGGAGCGGAGCAGAGGCGAGUACCAGUGCUUGCUGGAGCUGCACGGCUUCCACCAGGUGCAGGUGGUGCACUUGGAGGGUGUCCUGGAUGCCAUGUUGGCCACCAGAGUGGCCUCCUGAAGCCCAGGCAGCGUGUUCAUUAUAGGGACAUCCUCCCCCAGGCUGCAGGUGGACCACCUGGUCCCCAAGUCCAUAGGACAGUCACAUAGGAGCGUGCAGUCGUGGCUGAAUAAAGAAAACAAAAGUCUG